CUACUUUUUUAUAUUGACAAAAAAAAUAUAACGACUAAUAAACAAAGUUUCUUUCAAAAUUGGUUGUGAAUAUAUAACUGCAAAUAUGUCAUUUGAUUUUAAUUACAAAUUUUGGGUUGGCACAAAAAAGGAUAUUGAAGACAUUAUAAAGAGGCAAAAUGUAUUGAAAAGGAAAGACCCGAUAACCAAUCCGUUGGUUACGUAUAGAAUAUUUUCUGAACUGUAUGUAUUGUACGUCGAACUGGUCAAUAAACUGAGCUAUGUUUAUAAUUACACGUUUCAAGUUCAGAAACGUAAAGUGGUCAGAGCGUUAGUCGAAUCUGCUGCUCGACGAUUGAUGGAACUAAAAACAGAACUAAAGAAUCUGGAACUAAGUGAAUAUGUUUACACUGACAAAGCCUUAAUUGCGCGAAAGCUGAAUCCUUAUGAUUUGGUUAUUUGGCGUUCUCCGCAAUUUUUAUAUCGACGGCCACCUGAAAUACAAAACAUAGUGUAUGAAAAUAGAAUAUUCAUGACUGAAGAAGAGAAAACUGAUGCCGAUAUGAAGGACAAAGUCAUUUUGUGUGAUGCAGUUACGCUAAUACAAGCUCAUGAGAGAGCUAGAAGCGCCCGUGUCUAUAAAUCUGCCAUCAAAUAUGAUAAAAAAAAUCUCAAAGUGUUUCAGCGAAGAAAAGUUAAUUACAGCUUUACACACAAACCUGAUCAACCGAUGAGCAUACCUGUGAAAAGAACAAUGUUCAAUGCGGACUUUGUUAAACAAAAUGAACAUUGCCAGUAUUUAUUUGGAACAGAUAAUUUUGAGCGAAAAUCGAAAGAGGAUAUCGAUGAAGAUGAGCUUAAUAGGAUUCGUAACGAAGCAGCGUUAAAGAUUCAGUUAGCAUGGAGAGCUCACAAAAGUCAAAAAAUACUUAAGAAGAGGACUAUUUUUAAACAAACAUUGUAUGGCAUGAGAACUAAAAGGAGGUUGAUUAACCCAAACCAGUAUAUGGAUUCAGUUAUGGAAACAUACAGAAAUGAAAAGUUUAAGAUAAAGCUGGAUGAAGACUUUGUUCGAUUAAUGACCGAUGAACGAACCAGAUUAUUGCAAGAAAAGUCUCCAUGGAUAAUGGAGGAUAUAUCUGAUCAUAUACGUGCAUGGUUCAAAGAAUUUUACGAUAAAGUGGGUGAUUUUCAUCCAUACCCGGAUGCUUUAAAAUCUGGAACGGUUUUAGUUUUAAUUGACGAAACAUUUUCUCCAGAAGAGUUCAAAGAAAAGUUGAACGAAAUGAAUUUGUCCAAAGAAGAGAAAAAAAAGAGAGCAGAGAAAGCAAAACUACAAAGAAAGAAAGAAAAGGAAAAAAUAAAAAAAGAAAAAAUAAAAGAGGCCAAGCGGAGGAAAAAGAUGAAGGAACAAGGCAUUUAUGAUAUAGCGUAUGAUAUAAAGACUAAUAAGAAUAUAGUAAAUAUUGAGAACACUAUAAAACAAUACUCUAUUGACUGGAGGUUAAUUGAUGAAUAUCUCAAUAAAAAUCAUGAAGCAAUAAAGGAUUGGGUGACCGAAGGAGAACUUGCAAUAAUACAUAGAGAACUAAGAGCUUUGGUGGAUGAAUAUAUGGUAUUAGAAUAUGAAAUACUUCGUAAAGCCCUUUGUAUGGACCAAAAUAAAAAAUACAGACCUCAAAAACGCAAAAAAGGUAAACCUAAAAAGAAGAAUAAGAAAAAGAAAAAGAUUAAAGACAUGACAGCUGAUCGUACAAUUGAGUCAUUGUAUGAGGAGCUUAAAGCAGGAGGCAUAAUAGAAAAAUGCGACAAGAAGACCUUCGAAUCGUUUAUUUCGGAUUUCAACUUUAUUGCGGACGACACACGAGACGAAGAUCGUUUGACAACAUUGGGACCGGCCAAAGGCGAUAUUAAAAUUGUAGUUCAAGAAUGCAUGCUUGGAAUGGGAGAAUUCACUGUAGAUAAACCCAAAUCUCUUUGUAUUGCGGGACCUUUGAAUAAUGGAAAGAAGUUGCUUUCUCAAAUUAUUGCAUUUGAAAUAGAUGCUGUUUUUAUGAAUCUUAGUCCAGAGAAAACAAAAGCGUACACUAAUGAAGACUUGAACUAUUUAACGCACGUGGUUAUGAAAGUUGCAAAAGCGUUCCAGCCGACGAUAAUAUUUAUACAGGACGUUCAUAGAGUGUUUUGGAAACGGAUUCCGAAAGAGCAAGAGUAUUUGAAUCCUCGGUUGCUUCAAAAGGUUCUCAGCAAGAAGAUUUUAAAAGCAAUCAAAAAGGAAGAUAAAAUAAUGCUUUUGGGCACGACUGAUGCGCCAUGGUCUGCAAAACCAAAAAUGAGGCGGGUGUUUCAAAAGUCGCUAUUGAUUCCUAGAUGUGAUUAUGGCACAAGUUUUCUACUUUGGCUUGAAGUACUCGCUAGUUAUGCGGGCGAAGAUUCCGUCGAUGAUUACGUUUACUCCGCACUAGCUAAGGUGUUUAAAAAUUAUAACUCCGGUGAUAUUACGGAUAAUAUUGCAGACACUUUGAAUGUGCGACGCCGUAUGAAAUUGAAAUCGAAACCUUUAAGUCCAUUUGAGUUCUUAACACACUUUAUAGGGGGUAAUCAACCAUUAUUCCCUCCAGAAGAGAAGCUAAUGGACAAGUUCCAGAAAUGGUAUCAAAAAGCAAACAAGCUUUGUGUAGCAAGGAGAAAGUUUUUCAAGAAAAAGGAAGAGAAAAAUAAGAAGAAAAAGUAAUUUGUUUUUGAUUAAGUGCGCUGUAAUUAUUUCAAUACAAACAUAUGGUGAACGAAUUUAUAAAUGGUUUUUUUAUGAUCUUCAAAAUUACAUGCUUAUGUUAAUUGAACAGUAUUAAUCAAAAUUUUUUGUUGUGCUCUUGAAAUAAUUUUAUAAAAUUGAAUAAAACUUAAAAUUAAAUUAAACAGUUAUAGCAAUACACUUUGGUAAUAUAUAUUAGGUAUAAUAUUAGCUUAUACCUAAGAAAAUAUACUCAUUUAGUUUCAUUAUUAA